GGACACCAAAGUUUGAGAGUCUAAUUCUUCGAUACGUUGGAAAGGAAAGCCCAGAUCACACAUACACGAUGCAGCCAAUACAAGAAAACGAGGAAGCUGCUGAUGGUGGCAUCGCUCGCAGAAGACUGUUGAUUGCAGUGGAUGACAGCGCAGAAAGCGAAAGGGCACUUUCUUGGACAUUGGAAGAGUUAUAUAGGUCACCAGUCGUACCGACUUGCUUACCGACUUGCUCCUGUCAAAAUCGUCAUUUGCUGAGAUCUUUAUGCUCUCAUCAUACGUAUCAACAUAGAUGCACGCGAGUGAAGGGCUGCCAUGGUCACUACACGGAUUGCUCCAAAAUUCAAGGUUCCAGGCGUUUUCUGCAGGGAAGGAGACGAGCUGCACCUUGUCCACGUGAUCCCUCGCAUGCAGAUGCCUGCUGUCUAUGGAGCACCACCAGUUGACUUCCUGCCGCAGCAAGAUCCAGUGGCGUAUGACCAGCUCGUGAAGAAUGCAGAGAGCUUUAUUGCUGCGCGGUUUCUCCCAUCACUGGCCAGCUUGAAGCUCCAACCUAUAGUACACAUCGUCAAGUCCGAGGUGGACACAGAGAGCAUCGGCAAUGUGGUCUGCAAAAAGGCAGAGAAUCUGGACGUUGCCGCCAUUGUUGUAUCCCUGCAUUCAAAGUCAAAAUUGCAGGAGUUCUUCCUUGGCAGUAUCUCCAAUUACUGCGCGUGAGUACCUACAUGACCUGCCGUUCCUCCUCCUCCUGUGCAAGCCGUCAUCCUGCUCUUGUCAAGAUCAACAGCAUGCAUUCUGCUACUUUCAACGGAUGUGGUCUGAGUGACUGGAGAAUGGUGUGGGUGACUGCAGGCAUCACAGCCGGAAGCCGCUCUUGGUGGUGAAAUGAUAGCUCUUCCAUUCAGGAUGCUUUGAGCCUGCGUGACUCCAGAGGUCUUCUGGGGUCUUUUGCGCAGUACUGCAACAAGUGUAAGGGUGCAAUUGAGUGCAACGGUGCAAAUAAAUGGCUAUUCACAUGGUGUGAUUCACGUGUGAUGAUGCUUGUAAGGACAAGGAUUAUAUUC